UCCCCUCCGGACUCCCUAGCGGCAGCGUGUCUGUGGGCCCCGGAGCCCCACCCGGGCAGCCGGCCGCGGGCCUCGUGGGCAGCCGCUCAGCCACGAGGGUUACCCUUCCGCCUGCCUGACCCUGGGACGCCCCGCUCCGGAGCCAGGCAGGACCGCACACGUGGUCUCCGCUGGGGGCUCUGGACCGGAGAUCGCGCUCCGGUGCCCUCCGCGGGCCCCCAGUGCGGAGGUGCGUGUGCCCAAGGCGGAGGAUUUGGAGGAUCUGUGGAGGACCCGUGGAGGAUUGCUUCAUUUGGAUUUGCCCUGCUAGUUCCUCUUGGGACAGCUUUCGGUCUAUCACCGGAAGUCGCCAAAGAGUGACUGAGAGGCCGGUGGGCUGGGAUCUCCUUAUCCCAAACCAUGAAGUGGAUGGGUCGAGGGGUUGCGUUUGGGUCACUUUCUUAGAGGAAACUGUCGAAACGCCUUGUAUUGGCGCACAUUUCACUUUUUGCUGUGAAGGGUUGAACACCAUUCUCUGGAGUGUUGUCACAUGGAGACAUUUCCAGGACAUAAAAUGACCCUCAUCAAAAAUUUGUCGGAUGAAUUCGUGAAGGCUGCAUUAACUUUUAGUUUUGAUAUUUAAAAGAGGCCAACGUUAUGAUGACCAGAUAUUGAAAAGAGGAAUUGUUUUCUUAUAUUUUGAGGUGUUUUAAUUCCUUUAGAUCAUAAUGUCGUUGUUUGAGGUGUGAAAAGAUUAGUUGACAAAUGCCAUUCUAGAGUCAAUGCAACCUCUAAAACUUGUGUAAUUGAGCCAUUUUCAACAAAAGAUCAAUCACAUUUUUGGCAUUGUUGAGUCACAUGUACCAGAAUCUGCAUCAUCUUUUGGUUCAAAGUACAGUCCUGUGAAAAAAUUUUAAACUGAUGUAGAAACUUUGGAGGUCAAAGAACAAGGAGGAAUUUAGUUAAUCAAAUAGUUGUCAUUCAUAGAGCCCAAAUGGGCCUCUUGACUGUAUAAUGUCCAUGGCCUGACCUGUGGAUAUGCGCUUUGUUUUUCUUCAACAGGAACAGUUUUUACAAAAAUUGUCAUAUUAAAAAAUACUAGUCUUCCUCAUUCCCCUUUUCUGCAUUUCCCUAGUAAAUCUAGAUUUUCUAGUUUUAUAAAAGGAUCCUGCCUAUUUGUUAAAUAUUACAGACCUGGAAAAAAGGGAUAAGCUAAGGAAGAUCAUGCCUAAAUGAAAUAACCUACUUGAAUGAGAAAGUUUCCUUUAUAUAACAGAGUCCAGACUAAUUUGCCAGGCAUUUACAGGGUUGUUACUAUGUUCAUAUGUUCAUAAUUGUGUGACCAUGUUCAUAUGAAUGAUGCACAUGGGAUUCUGAAAAUUUUUUCUUUAAAUGUUUUCUAGGAAUGUGAAAUAGUGAAGUGUUCACAUUCUGACUGCCAGGUUUCUAAAAAGAUGUGAUUUUUAUGGUUAAUGAACAUGAAAAUAUGAAUGAGGUCUAGAGACUGAAAUAAAGGAUUUUUUUUUUUUUUUUAAUUCCAGAAAAAUCAUGUCCUCCUCCAGACUGGGGUCCCGUUUGGCUGUCUGCUUACUAAACAUUUCAGAAGCCAGAAGAAAAUACAUUGUUGAGAACAUAGCAAAAGCAGCUCUUGAAAAAAAUGGGCGAAAACAUCCUGAAGUAUCAGUGCUCAAUAUAUUUUCUGAUCAAGACUACAACAGAUCAGUUAUUACAAUUGCAGCUUCUGUUGAUAAGUUGGGCAGUUGUGUUCUGGCUGCCUGUUUGGAGGCCUUCCGAGCCAUAGACAUGGAGGUUCAAGAGGGAGUCCACCCUUGCCUGGGAGCAGUGGACCUGAUCCCCAUUUACCCUCUCUCUGAUGUUGGAGUGGACGAGUGUGGAGCUGUAGCCAGAAGCCUCGCUAAAGACCUGGUCCUGCACGUUCCUGGCUGCAGUGUGUUUCUCUUUGGUGAAGCAGACCUGCCUAAGAAGCGCAGUCUUGUUCAGAGAAGGAAGCAGCUGGGCUGGUUCACAAGGAGGGAUUUCAGUGCUCUUGAGCCUGACCUGGGAGCUGCACCUGCCCGAAGAUGUGGUCUAACAGGUAUUGGUGCCAGCCCAUACGUGAUGAACUGCAAUGUUACUAUAGAUUCUCAAGACUUGUCUGUAGGAAGAGAGAUCGCUCAUGCCAUUCGAGGCUCCAGUGUACAUGGAUUGAAGGGUGUCCAAGCAAUGGCUUUUCCCCAUGAAGGGAAAAUUGAGAUAGCUUGCAACGUAGAGAGUUUUGAAAACCAAGAAACUACAGACACCUCAGAAGGCUCUCAAUAUGUGACUUAUAGUGUUCUUGGGGACCGUUUUUCUUAUGUGUCUCCACAUUACAUAGAAGCUCAAGUUAAAAAGUUGGCAAGUAAUCAGGGAAUUGGUACCAUAGGAAGAGCACUAGUUGGAUUUACACCCCUGGAAUGCAAGAACUGUGCUGAAUACGCUAUAAAGGAAAAUAUUGGGGAAUUCUGGAAGAUUCGGGAAGGUGUUUUCAUGUGAUCAAUCUAAGGAUUCACUGAAAUUUUAAAGAAAAGUAUCAAUCAUUGCAAAAUUUACUUUUGAUCAAUGAAGAUCAGAGGAAGAUACAAAGAACUUGGUUGCAUCUGCGUAUUGAAAAAUUGGAAGCAUUAUUUCCUCAACAACAAUAACAAAUGCUUAUAGAUCAUCCAUAAUCACCUGUGAUGUUUCUAGUCAUCAUCAAAACUUUGUGAGUACAACUGUGUCAAGUACGAUGCCAUUUUGAAUAACCUGAGUAAGGUGGCCAUAGUUGCUGAGCCACCUUUGUGAAACAACAACAACAACAAAAAUAGACUCAAUUUGGUUUUCCUGAACAAUUUGUUUUACAAUUGCUGGGACUGAACUCAGGGUUUUUUGCAUGCUAGGCAAGUGCCCUACCCUCCCAGCCUGAUUUUCCUGAAUUCUGUAUUCCCAAGUUUUGUACUCAACUCUUUUUUUUUUUUUUGAGUAACCAAUUUUUUAAAAUGUGCAUUUAUGAAAAUCAAGUUCUAAGUGAUUAAAAAGUAGAGCGAUUAUAAAAUAAAAUCUUUCUUUCAAA